AUGACUGGUGUAUUUUACGUCGAUCCUGAGAGCGGAUGUGAUGAACAAGGAGAUGGUUCGAUGAUAAAGCCGGUCAAGAACUUGUUCAAAGCCAUGUUGUUGGCCGGCUCCAACGAAACAAAGUUUAUGGUUGCGACAAGGGAAGAGGAGGGAAAACUCGAAUGGAAAGAGGCGUCCAAAGCAGCUCUAAAGAAGAACGCGAAGAAGGUGGAAGCCGAGAAGAGGAAACUUCAGAAAGCUGUGGAGAAGCAAGCUGUCCAAAACCUUCCCCAUCAGCUCGCCGAAGCCCGUCUUGAGGAGGCCGCGAACAAUCUUCUUGUUCUCGAUGAGACUUUGCCGACGCCAAUAAACGUUAAAUUGCGGGAAGUUGCGGCUCACGUUGGCCAAAGAGUUGUCGUAUCCGCAUGGGUGCAUCGUCUGCGACGACAAGGUAUGUGUCUAGUUGUGUUUUUAUUUCUUUAGGAAAAAACCUCAUGUUCUGGGUGCUGAGAGAUGGUAGUGGACGUGUACAGGCCGUUAUGAAUGAUGCGCUAUGCCGCGCGUACGACGCUUCGCCCGUUCAGACAGAAUCCUCAGUUUCCGUUUAUGGCACUGUCAAGGAGUUGCCGGAGGGAAAAACCGCCGAAGGUGGAGUGGAAUUGGUGGCGGAUUAUUGGUCCUUGAUUGGAAACUCACCACCUGGAGGCGUCGAUCAUGUGCUGAACAUUGAAGCGAACGUUGAUGUCCUGCUCGACAAUCGUCAUCUCGUGAUUCGUGGCGAAAACACUGCCAAGAUUUUGAGGGUUCGAGCUGCUGUCACCCGCGCGAUGAGGGAGCACUUUUAUAGCCGCAAAUACACCGAGGUGUUCCCACCCACCCUGGUUCAGACCCAAGUGGAAGGUGGAUCUACGUUGUUCGGCUUAAAGUUCUUUGAUGAAGAGGCGUACUUAACGCAAUCCUCACAGUUAUAUCUGGAGACCUGUUUGCCGGCAGUCGGCGAUUGCUAUUGUAUUGCCCAGUCUUACAGAGCGGAAAAGUCACGGACAAGACGCCAUUUGUCAGAAUUUUCGCAUGUUGAAGCCGAAUGUCCUUACAUUACUUUUGAGGACCUCCUUCAGAGGGUUGAAGACAUUGUUUGUGACACCGUUGACAGGAUCCUGGACGAUCCUGAAGCCAAGGCCUAUGUGUUGGAAUCGAAUCCAGUAAGGUUGUGGACUCGUAGUUUUAUGCUUUUGUAGAGUUUUGAGAAACCAAAAAGACCGUUUUUGAGGAUGACUUAUGCUGAUGCAAUCAAAUGGUUGAAGGAAAAUGGCGUCAAGAAUGAAGAGGGUAAAGAUUUCGAGUUCGGCGAAGACAUUCCUGAAGGGCCAGAACGCGCAAUGACUGAUAAGAUCAAUCAGGUAUGUUUUCUUUCCUUUGAAUUAGCACAUUGGCACUCCGACUAGAGGGGUUGCUUGAGAAAAAAUUUAUUCAUUUACUGAAAUUUUCGGGAUGCGGCUUCGUUAAGGUUUUAGGUGGUACAGUGGGGGAUCUGAUCCAGUGGCAAAAAACGUGCUGUUUUGCAUCCGGGAAGUAUCAAAAAUGUGACAAAAUGCUUCCCUCUCCAAGUGAAAAAACUUUCAAAAGCGCGCCCGCUAUUUUUGUGAGGGAAAUGGCGCGCCCUUCAAAACGAAGUUUUUCACUUGAAGAUGGAAGCAUUUUGCCACAUUUUUGAUCCUUCCCGGAUGCACAUUGGCACGUUUUUUGCCAUUGGAUUAGGUCCCCCACUUUAUCAAUAAAAAAAUCUGUACAACAAAAGAUUAAAGGCAAAAUUUUACAUCUAUCUCGCGCAUUUAAUAUAAUAAUUGUGAUCCAGGCCGUUCAUGAUAGCCGGUUGGAUGUCUCUCGAAAUGUGGUCGCAAUCACAUACCAGGGAAGUGUACAAACUGACCAUCACCAAUGAGUGAUAUUCACAGUUGGAAAGUGGGUAUUCUGCAAACAUAGAAGGCAGUCUCUAGUACAGGGUGGUCCACUCGAAGUUUCCGUCCUCUUUUUUUUAGAUUUCUCCGCGGAGACUCCGCCGAUUUGCCAAAAUUUUCAAAAACAUAUUUAUGUUUUGUAUUGACCUUUCUUUUUGAAAAAUUAUUUUCGUGCCGAAACCGCUAAAACAUAUAUUUUUGAAAUUCAGCUGGUUGAAAAUGGCGGGUCUCAGCUCCAGAAAAGUCUAAACCUUAGGAAAGAUUUCUCAGCCUCCGCGGAGAAAUCUACAAAAAGAGGACGGAAGCUUCUAGUGGCCCACUCUGUACUUUUUUUCAAGGGCUUUCCAACUGUGUAUUUCACUAACUGAUCCGUUUGUACACUUCCCUAGAAAGUGAUUGCGACCACACUUCGAAGAGAUCCAACGUUUUUUUAUCGCUUCCCGGCUGAAAUUUCUUUACUUCUCUGAUUUCAGCCCAUUUUGUUGAACCGAUUCCCGGCUGGAAUCAAGUCCUUUUACAUGAGUCGUUGCGAAGAAGACCGGGAGUUGACCGAAUCCGUUGACUUGUUGAUUCCUGGAGUCGGCGAAGUUGUUGGUGGGUCGAUGAGGAUUUGGAAGGAAGAAGAAAUACUAUCUGCGUUUUCCAAUGCCGGAAUCGAUCCCAAGAAAUAUUAUUGGUAUGUGGACCAACGUCGCUACGGUGGCUGUCCCCAUGGCGGAUACGGGCUUGGAUUGGAGAGAUUUGUUUGCUGGCUUACAGGCACUGAACAUGUCCGCGAUGUCUGCUUGUAUCCUCGGUUUGUUGGACGUUGUACUCCAUAA